AUGUCAACGCUAGGCACCAUCUCUUAUAUCAAUGACCCGAAGAUCAUCGAUAUCUCAAAUGAGUCGGGGUUGAGCACCUCAGAAAAGAAGUCAACGCCUGCUCAAGAUCUCAACUCGGGAUCGGUCUUGCAGCUUCCUGCUACUACGGACGCAUCGAUUCAACACCCCGGAGAGCGUUCGGAUCCUCUGUGCAAGUUUGGCAAUGCUCGUUUCGUAGUCGACUGCUCUGACAUCGAGCUUGCUCGAGACUUACGACUUCUACGGCGUGAUAUUUCGAUUCAGAUUGACGAUUCCUCAAAGCAGGACUACGGUCUAGUCUACAGCUGA